GGACGACUGAAGACAGGUCUCCCCACGCAGAUCCAGUAGCCACAUUUGCAGGCUCAUCUGUCUGUCCAGAACCUGCUCCCACCUCAGGCCCAGGCCAAUCGUGAGCUGCCGAAAUGGGCUCUGAGCUGGAGACUGCGAUGGAGACCCUCAUCAACGUGUUCCACGCCCACUCGGGCAAGGAGGGGGACAAGUACAAGCUGAGCAAGAAGGAGCUGAAAGAGUUGCUGCAGACUGAGCUCUCUGGCUUCCUGGAUGCCCAGAAGGAUGCGGAUGCAGUGGACAAGGUGAUGAAGGAGCUAGAUGAGAACGGAGACGGAGAGGUGGACUUCCAGGAGUAUGUGGUGCUGGUGGCUGCUCUCACUGUGGCCUGUAACAACUUCUUCUGGGAGAACAGUUGAGCAGGCAGCCCCAGCAAGCCGCGCCCUUCCCUUCUACUGUGCCAGACCUGCUCCUUCACCCCACUUUCCCCUCACACCACUUUUCCCUCCCCAUAUUCCCCCAUUCCCCAUCAAGGGCGCAAGAGUUGCAAACCAGGCCUGCAACUCCUCUUUCAUUAAAGGCUUCUCUCUCGCCAACCAAA